AUGCCCCUUAUGACGACCAGCGUGCGCUCGCAUUCUGAAGGCUUCGGCGAUCCAUUAUCAGUUCUUCAGCCUGUCUCCCCCGGAAAGGAGGAACGUCACCCCAAUCCGAGCAACGAGGAUUUGUCUCCCAAGCAUCCAGACAGAGUCCAGCCAGAUCCUGCGAAAUGGGCGCAGACUGCCGGCUUGCCAGCGGUCGAGGAUGACUCAAGCAUUCAUGACAAAGAUGUGGUGCUUGACAAGCAUGUUGUGUUCGAAGUUCCGGCCCAUUCCCCAGCAAAGCGCACCGUUGAUCUGCAUGCAGCCAAGAACACCCGCCAGAAAGAUCUUCAAGAGAAUCAAGACAGAUAG